GGUUCAUUCGCUUAAAGAGAAAUUGCAAGAGAGAGAGAAAGGGAAGCCAAAAUCUGAGCCAUGUGAUACCACGAGUCCAUUAGAAGCAGGCUCAGAACCAAACAAACCACUUCCCAGUUCUGUCUCACCAAAUGCAUCAAAUAUUCCAAUGGUGAUUUACAAACAAGAUGAUGCAACUUCUGCAAAAAGUGAUGUUUUUGAUUCAGAUAGCCCGCAUUAUGCCGAUGGGAUUCAUUCCUCAUUCAUAGAGCCGUCUGAUUCUUCGCAUAUUUUUGGCUCGGAUUUCUCUCAAGACGAAGAAGACAACCUGAGCAGGAACCUUAUGCCCCCACCUAGCUUUGUGAAACUUGAAGAUGAUGAAUCUUAUGGUGAUUUACAAAUGAAUUCAUGCAAUUUGGGAUUCCCAGUUGAAGAUCAGACCACUUGGUUAUGGCCUCUUAUUGAGUAGUGUAUCUUGUACGACAAGCUAGCUGCGCCUUUUAGUGAUGUGUUUAAUGUAAUAAUCUAUUGUAAAUUAGCUUACAAUCAGUAAUGAAACUCUGUUUUAUCGAAGAUCUUGAUUUGCAUUUA